CACAGAGGAGAGCUUAUUUUGUAGCUGUUCUCCAGCCUGUAAAGCAAAAAAAGGGACUCCCAUGAUUCUGGCAGCACAUUGAUUGGCGACAUGGAGUAUUUUCCUAUAUCUGUGCAACUAUAUGUCAGACAGGAAUGCAAUAGUGAUGGCUAUAUGAAGAAAUCCAGUCCUCAUCAGCAACAAAUGGAAACUGAGGAAUCAACUAAGGAAGAAAUGGAGAAGCUGAAGGGUCCUGUUAUUACCACCUCCAAAGGCAAGAACAUAACUUUAGCAGGGAAGCUGAAACACCUGGCCCUAAAUAUUCCUCUCCGGUUUAGUGUUCAGGCCCUGAAGCUGCAUUCAAAGAAUUCUGCUCGCUUUGGCAGUCUCAGCCAUCACUCCUUCUUCUCACGACACAACCCACACCCACACCGAGUGACUCACAUCCAAGGUCUGAAUGGUGCUCCUGUUUGCAUAGUUAAUGAUGAAGGGUCUGAGCAGACUAUGCUUCCACCUCAUCCUAUGAUAAAAAGCCAGUUUCCUACUUCAGUUUUGGGAGGACCUGGAGUCCAAAUGCCCAUUGGAGAUCCACAGCCUAUCCCAGUCCCCAGGCUAUCAAUAGGCUCUUUGUCUGAUGCAUGGAGAGAUGAACUGAGAGAACUCACUGCAAGAGCGAGAGCUGCUUCCUUCACAGAGAAAAAGGAGACAACACAGAAGCCGGAGAGAAAGACACAGUACUCCGAAGAAACAGGACGACUCAUUCCACCUUCCUUUCGAGCCGCAACUCGCCAUUCAUCCCGCCAAGUGCUCCAGAACAACACCAAGAAUAAAGACAAAGAUCCUCUCUUCUCUUUCCAGUACCUAGAACUAAUUAUUUUAGAACUCCUGUGUCAGAUCCUGCAGACAGACUCCUUGACAGCUGUCCAGCAAUGGCUGCUGACCACUGGUCAAAAAGAGAAGAAUCUUGUCACGGGAUUGUUGCAGAUUGCAACUGCAAACCUACAUCUUGAGGCCCAGGACUUGCCCUCAGGCAUGGAAGGGAGAUUUCCAUCACAGUUUUCCCAAAGUGGCCCAGGCUUUGUCUUUAGGCAACACAGAAGAAAUCAUCUAACCAGGUUGCCUGUAACAAAGCAAAAGCAAGAACCUACCCCAGAGGAAGAAAGGCCAGUGCAUAUCGGCACAGCAGAAGUUCUCCAGUUCCAUUUAUCCCUGGAUGAGAAGCAAAACCAACCAGACUGACCCAAGUAAAAAGAAAUUUCAUUACUGAUGAUAUCAUGCUUACUGCUCUGUUUCUCUCCUGCUGUUCUCCCAAUGAAAAAAUAGUACUGUAUACUACAUGAAAGCUCCUACACUAAGAACUAAUAUCACAUCUUGUAGAGACAAUGUAAAAUUCAAAAUUCAUUUCAACAUAUUGUUUAUUGGGCCUCUGUGCAGCUGUGAAAUUGCUGAAAUGAUCAAUUCCACUACUAUGUUCUCCAGCUCGGCGAUUGCUUUAGCGAGAUCCAAAAUGAGGGACAAAGACAAGGUAUUAUAUAUUAAAUAUAGUAGAAGCAACUUUGUAGAAUGGCUCAGGCUUUGAAAGCAUUUGACUUUAACAAAAAUACAAAUAGAGUGCUGAAGAUAUAGUUUUAUAGGUGGGAGCUUAGUGUUCAUUAAACACAUUGUAGUUCCAUUAUCUCAUCUUUCUGCUAUAUGACAUAUUAAUAGACCUGUAUGAGAGAGAUAUAUGAGCUUGAAUACAUGUUUGGAAUCUGGAGGAAAGACUUCUAGGCAUAGGUCCAAGAUUGGACUGUAGGCUGAAUCACAGUAGACAAUCUGCCCGUAGAUAAUGGUCUUUUAUGCAUGGUCACUUUACAGUGUUUCAGAAUUUAUUCUGUGUCCCAUGUUCUCCCAGGUUAUGCACCUGUAAGGGAGUCAUGGGAAGCAGAAACAGGUUUUGUCCGUCUUUUCCCCUUUUUCCCCCGUGCACAUUCCGUGAAUUUUUUUAAGCUGCUGCCCAUCCGCUAAUAGCGCACGUUAUGUCCGCGAAGAAUCAAAUACUCCCAUUCUGCUUCUCUCCCCACUUCCUUUCACAGGAGCUGAUUGGUCUAUCCGAGGGUAACCACACCCACCUCCUCAGCUCCCAAAACCUUCUUUCUGCUAUUUUUUUGUUUAACAAAAGCACAGUAACGCUGCAUCAUUAAUCACCAGAUUAAUAUGCUUAAGCAGACCCAACUCAAUUGAGCUUGUUGUGUUAGUGAUGACACUCUUCUAGCUUUUUUCCCCCUCUUCAGUGUAGAGGUUGAAACGCUGCAGCAUUACAUUACUGGGGCAAAAAGGUUUCCACGGAGCUACCUGAGUGUACAUCAGCCACGCUGCCCACUGACUCGGUGCUGUUUGCAGGCAAGCCGACAGGCAAAUUAUGCAAAAUAGGUGGCUGUACCUGUAAUAAACUGGGAGGGAAAAAGGGGGGCAAAACCCUACAGGAUACAAAAAAUGAUUCUUUAUAUAAUAUUUUCAAAAUUCCAAAAGUGCAAUGUGCUCAUAACACUUCAUACAGUGUCUUCAAAGUUU